AUGCAGCAGCAUACGGAGAGAACCCCUCGCUGUUCAUUCCGCUCAAGACAGUCUGGAAGACUGACACCUCGCGAUAGUGCAAGCUCAGAAUUCUGGACCUUCGACAUAGCCUCAAGGACAUGGUCUCAACUGCCCUCACCUCCAGCCACAUACCUCCCGAUCACAAGUCCUAGCAUCGCUUUCCACGACAACCGCCUCUACUUGGCCUCAAGAAGCCCAACACACUACCUCGACCUCUCGUUCACCUCCCCAUCUUACACCGAGUCUAAAACCACAGGUCCUACUCCUCUGAGUCCUUGGUCUUAUCUUUCACCAGACACCCAUAAAGUUCCAUUUGCUUAUCCUGAAGGCUCAUCGGCAUUGUUACCCAUCACCACUGGUCAAGGUCGUAAUUACCUUCUUCAUAUUACACCGCACGCCCUUUCAACUAUGCAACUCACGUCCUCAUCCACCACAGCAGCGAGCCUCAAAGACCGUGCUCGUGAUGCAAUCAGCAAGAAGAAUGCAACGAAUGAAUGGGCAGAAGUGCGAUACUUCAAUGCCGAAGGCGUGAUGAUACAAGAAGGACAAAACGACAGAGGAAUAGGUGGACGAGAGAAGUUCAGCGCAACAAAGGUCAAGGAAAUCGAUGGUGGGUGUGUUUUCGUGUGGGGAGGAAAGGUCGAUGGGAAAGUCAGAGGGGAUGGAUUGAUGAUUGAAGUUGAGAAGUGA